AUAAACUCAUAAAUUUAUGUUGUUCGUUUGUGGGCAUUUGAUCAGAGAAAGAGAAUCAACAUCCUUUAUUACUCACCUUUUCUUUGCACUCACCUUUUCUUCACUCUCUUCUUUCAUUAUUUGUAACAUGAAUUUCUAGUUUUAUGUUCUCAGCAAAUUUUGAUAUCUCUUCAAAUUAUUCUAUAAUUACUAUUUCUUCUGCAAUUUAUCAUCUAUCUCUUAAAAUUUCUUCAUUAUUCAACAAAUAAUAAUUCAAACCAAUUUCCCAUUUACCAAUGGACUGUCGUCUUAUAUCUUUGAAGCAAUCUCCAGUACCAAAUUUCAGGGUUUUGUUUCAAUCCCUUAAACCCUUCAAUUUGAGAUCAAUUUCUCGCAUUUCAAUGGCGGAUUACAAAUUCAAUGGUUCCCUCAAUGUCCAUGCUCAAAAGUCUGGUUCUGGGUAUGUAUCUGCAACGGUUUCAUCUAUCGGUGAUGCUCAAGAGCGCGACCUUAGAAUUAAAGAGUGGGAGGUGAGAAUGCUACAGGAGGAAAUGGCUGCUAGUCAGGGCAUCUCUAUUAGAAGACGGCCACCAAUGGCUCCUCCAUCGGGUUAUGAUGGUCCGUUUGAGGUUCAAAUUCAGGAUAUCUCAGACACUCCUCGUAACAUUUUGGAGGAGAUUAUAUGGUACAAAGACAUUGAGGUUUCACAGUUGAAGAAGAAACACCCUUUUGAUACAUUGGAGAAAGCGAUUGCUGAUGCUCCCCCCGCUAGAGACUUUAUUGGCGCUUUACGAGCAGCUUACCAACGGACAGGAUUACCUGGUUUGAUUGCAGAAGUUAAGAAGGCUUCACCUAGUAGAGGCAUUUUAAGAGAGGACUUCAAUCCUGUGGAAAUUGCCAAAGCCUAUGAGAAAGGUGGAGCUGCAUGCCUCAGUGUUCUGACAGAUGAGAAGUUUUUUCAGGGAAGUUUUGAGAAUUUGGAAGCUAUACGCAUUGCCGGCAUUAAGUGUCCUCUUCUAUGCAAAGAAUUUAUAGUAGAUGCAUGGCAAAUAUAUUACGCUCGCUCCAAAGGAGCAGAUGCUGUUCUUUUGAUUGCUGGAGUUCUGCCUGAUGUGGAUAUUAAAUACUUUCUGAAUAUAUGCAAGAAAUUGGGGCUGGCAGCUCUUGUUGAGGUGCAUGAUGAAAAGGAAAUGGAUCGAAUGCUUGAAAUUGAAGGAAUUGAACUCAUUGGAAUCAACAAUCGCAACCUUGAAACAUUCAAAGUUGACAUUUGCAACACCAAAGAGCUUCUUGAUAAAAGGCGUCUAGCAAUUCUCAGUCAGAAAGAUAUUAUUGUGGUUGGAGAGUCUGGCUUGUUUACUCCUGCUGAUAUUAGUUAUGUUCAAGAGGCUGGCGUGAAAGCGGUUUUGGUUGGGGAGUCCCUUGUCAAACAAAAUGAUCCUGCUAAAGGAAUUGCUAAUCUUUUCGGUAAAGAUAUAUCGAUGUGAGUCACAAAUCACAUUGGUCCUGACUCCAGUUCCCCUCAAAGCUAGAUGAAAAGUUUCAUCCCUUCUUUUGCUCUUUGAACUUCUCACAUUGCAAUUCCCAGCAAAUGCACAGCUGCUUCAUCGUUGUCCGUGUGUCAAAAUUGUUUGUGUUGUUGUAACGCUUAUUAAAAGAGCAUAAUAGGUUAAGUUAGCACAUGUAUUAGGAAAAUAAAAUGAUGGUGUAAUACAUCAGGAAAGUAAUGGAGGUCCAUUGAUGUUUUGGUUCAUGAAGAGAUGUGGCAGGUGCCAGGUAGGUUCAGACUUCAGAGCCUUCAGAUUAUAUGUUACAUGUAGCACAAAUGUAAAAGGUUUUGUGUAGUCAAGUUUUGUAAGCCUCGAACAAGUUUUAUUUUAGAGCCGCAAUUCUAGUCAAGUUCUCAUGGGAGAAUAUAUAUAGUUUAAAGAGUGACAGAGAGAUUAGAUGGAUGUGAAUGAUGCUUCACUUGAUCUAAACAGCCGAUCUAUCAUUAAUGUCCAUAGAGUCUUUAAAAUAGUUUGACUUUAUAUAGUUUUGACUAUUGAGAAUGAAAUGUGUAAAAUAAUAUUUAGGUCCUGUUCUUUUGGACUGAGAGAAACUGAAUUGUAGAGAGAAAUUGAAGUGAACUAAAAGGGUAUUACAUCCCUUGUUCAGUUUAAUUGAAAUAAUUUUGAUA